AUGGAUAACGAUCUUUAUAAACAAGCUUUUGAACGUAUUAAAGAAUAUGAAUUAUCAACUGAAGAAAUACAAGCCAUUGAAACAGCUAAAAAACAACUAAAUCGACAUGCUAUUAUUGGUGGUCUUGGUUUAUCCUUAGCUUCUUUUGUCUUUGGGAAAAGAAGACAGUUGAACCCUCUUCCACUUGGUUUAAUGACUGGUGCUGGUAUGUUGAUAGGUUCCCAAAUAGGUUUCGCGUCUGGUGCCAUGGCAGGAGUUCGUACUAUCAAACGUUUACCUAAUCCCGAACGACUAGUAAAUCUUGUCAAGGAUGUUCAAACGGAUAUGCUAGCCUCAAGAGGUUUAAUAGUCGAUGGACCCAAUCGACCACCUCGACCUAUGACAGAAGAGGAAAAACUUCAAUAUCAACAAAAAGUGAAAGAUAGACGCGAAAAUUACCAGAGGCACAAACAGUUAAACGAUGAUACUACUAGUUCUUGGGAUCGAUUACGUAACAGUACACAACAGACAGAUAUGUGGAACGAUACCAAGGAUGGAGCAACAAUGACUGAAAACGAAUGGAUGGAUCAAAAUGGAGCAUACCCUUCUUCUACAUCAAAACCGGCCAAGAAUAAAUAUGGAGAUGAUUUAUCUUAGUCCAGUUUUUUUUUUUAUACUUAUUAUUCAAUAAACAUAUAUUUUUAAUGCAGAAG